GCGAUGGACUGGCAGUUCUUCAGAACAGCUGCAGUGCUGUUCAUUUUUCUGGUGGUGGUAGAAGUUAACUGUGAAUUUCGAAUCCAGGUAAGAGAUUAUAACACUAAAAAUGGCACCAUCAAGUGGCAUUCAAUAAGAAGGCAAAAACGUGAAUGGAUCAAAUUUGCUGCAGCCUGUCGUGAAGGUGAAGACAACUCAAAGAGGAAUCCAAUUGCCAAAAUUCAUUCAGAUUGUGCAGCAAACCAGCAAGUUACAUACCAUAUCUCUGGAGUAGGAAUUGAUCAACCACCUUUUGGAGUAUUUAUUGUUAAUCAAAAAACUGGUGAAAUUAAUAUAACAUCCAUAGUUGAUCGAGAGGUCACUCCAUUUUUCAUUAUCUAUUGCCGGGCUCUAAAUUCCAUGGGCCAAGAUUUAGAGAGGCCUCUAGAGCUUAGAGUCAGGGUUCUGGAUAUAAAUGACAACCCUCCAGUAUUUGCUAUGUCUACUUUUAUAGGACAAAUAGAAGAAAAUUCCAAUGCAAACACACUGGUGAUGGUAAUAAAUGCUACUGAUGCAGAUGAGCCCAAUAAUUUGAAUUCCAAAAUAGCUUUCAAGAUCAUAAGACAGGAACCUUCUGAUUCACCAAUGUUUAUUAUCAACAGAUACACUGGAGAAAUUCGAACUAUGAAUAACUUUCUAGACAGAGAGCAAUACGGUCAAUAUUCUCUUGCUGUGAGAGGCUCAGAUAGAGAUGGUGGUGCUGAUGGUAUUUCAGCAGAGUGUGAAUGCAGUAUUAAAAUCCUAGAUGUAAAUGAUAACAUCCCAUACCUGGAUCAACCUUCAUAUUCUUUCUCUAUAGAUGAAAAUGCUCUAUAUACAGACUUGGCCCAAAUUAGAGUCAUUGAUUUGGAUGAGGAAUACUCAGCUAACUGGAUAGGAGUAAUAUUCUUUAUAUCUGGAAAUGAAGGAAAUUGGUUUGAAAUAGAAAUGGAUGAAAGAACAAAUGUGGGAAUUUUAAAAGUCGUUAAGCCAUUAGACUACGAAGAAAUGAAGAAUUUGCAACUUAGUAUUGGUGUUAGAAAUAAAGCUGAAUUUCAUCAGUCUAUUAUAUCUCAAUAUAAACUCACAGCAACUGCUAUCUCUAUAACUGUGUUAAAUGUGAUUGAAGGCCCAGUGUUCCGUCCAGGUUCAAAGACAUUUGUAGUAACUAGCAAUAUGGGCCAAAAUGAUGAAGUGGGAAAGUUUAUAGCCACUGAUCUGGAUACGAAUCAACCUUCAACAACUGUUAGAUAUGUAAUGGGAAAUAACCCUGCAGACCUGUUAGCAAUUGAUUCAAGAACAGGCAUGAUUACUUUAAAAAAUAAAGUUACAAGGCAACAAUAUGAAAUGCUUAGAGGACAAUAUCAAGGAACAAUUCUAUCUAUAGAUGAUAAUCUUCAAAGAACUUGUACUGGUACAGUUGUUAUUGAUCUUGAUGGUUCUGGAUGGCCAGAUGGUACUACUGAUGCACCCACUGAUAAUUAUGGUGGUGGUGCCUCUGGAAGUUUCACUAAUAAUUACAAUUACGGUAAUACUAUCAGUACAGUCGGAAGACCAUUUGAAGGAGGAGGAGGAGAUACGGGUGUAGGUCAAGCACUUAUUUCAGAUAAUAUCCAUUUUGGUCCUGCUGGUAUUGGAUUACUCAUCAUGGGAUUCUUGGUCUUAGGAUUGGUACCAUUUUUGCUGAUAUGCUGUGAUUGUGGAGGUGCUCCGGGUGGUGGAGCUGGCUUUGAGCCAGUUCCUGAAUGUUCAGAAGGAGCAAUACAGACUUGGGCUGUAGAAGGACCACAGCCUGAACUAACAGAUUUGACCACUAUCUGUGUACCACAAAUGCUUCCUGAUAAUGCAAAUUUAAUUGAAUGCAUUGACAAUUCAGGGGUUUAUACAAAUGAGUACUGUGGCAGAGAAAUGCAAGACCUAAGAGGAGGAGAAAGAACAACUGGAUUUGAAUUAAGUGAAGGUGUGAAAACAUCAGCAGCACCUGAAAUAUGUCAAGAAUAUUCUGGAACACUCAGAAGAAAUUCUAUGAGAGAAUGUAGAGAAGGAGGCCUGAAUAUGAACUUUAUGGAAAGCUACUUCUGUCAGAAAGCUUAUGCAUAUGCAGAUGAAGAUGAAGGACGCCCAUCCAACGACUGUUUGCUCAUAUAUGAUAUUGAAGGUGUAGGAUCAUCUGCUGGCUCUGUAGGGUGUUGUAGCUUCAUUGGAGAAGACAUAGAUGACAGCUUCUUGGAUACCCUUGGACCCAAAUUUAAGAAGUUGGCAGAUAUAAGUUUGGGAAAAGAAGUUGAAGAAUAUCCAUACCCAGAUUCCACUUGGCCACCUGACAACAAUGAACCUUUUUGCCCUCAACAGGGACUAGAACCCAAUUUUAGUGGACACCAACCCACGUCCCCACAUAUUGGCACUACCACAGUAAUUUCUGAGAAUGUCUAUCCCUCAGGACCUGGUGUUCAGCAUCCUAUGCCAAUUCCUGAUCCUCUGAGCUAUGGUAAUGUCACUGUGACGGAGUCAUAUACCACCUCUGGCACUCUUAAGCCCUCUGUCCAUAUUCAUGAUAAUCGACAUGGGUCAAAUGUAUUGGUAACAGAGAGGGUAGUUGGUCCGAUCUCUGGUGCUGAUUUUCAUGGAAUGUUAGAUAUGCCUGACUUGAGAGAUGGAUCAAAUGUGAUAGUGACAGAAAGAGUAAUUGCCCCAAGUUCAAGUAUACCCACCUCUUUGACUAUCCCUGAUCCUAGAGAUUCAUCCAAUGUGAUCGUGACAGAACGAGUAAUCCGACCAACUUCUGGCAUGAUGGGCAAUUUGAGUAUGCAUCCUGACUUAUCAAAUGCCCACAAUGUCAUCGUGACAGAGAGGGUUGUUUCUGGUUCAGGUAUGACUGGAAUUAGUGGUGUGGCUGGGAUAAGUGGUGUGGCUGGGAUAAGUGGUGGCAGUGGUGUAGGCAGCAGUGGCUUGACUGGCACCAUGAGUGGACUUGGAAUGAGUGGUGGUGGCAUCGAGUUAAGUAGCCUGGGAGGAGGUGGGGGCAUGAACAGUAACAUGGGUGGGACAGCUACUAUAGGUCACAUGAUGAAUUCAUCUGACCAUCACUUUACCCAGACAGUUGGAUCUGCUUCUCCUAGCACAGCUCGAAGUCGAAUUACAAAGUACAGUACAGUGCAGUAUACCAAGUAGUCAGGAAUUA